AUGUUUCAGGUUUUCCAUGUUGCUCGGCUGUUUGCCAAGCACGGCCUCAUUGUUCAUGCCAACGAGAUGCCUGCCCCCAAGGAGAAAAAAGCUCCCAGGCUACUUGCCGCUCAUUACGGAGGUCAGGACGUAACCUUUUUGGGAAGACUUAUCUUUCCCCAUGUCGAAAACCUGGUCGUUGACGCCCGUACAUUCCCUAUUCGCGACCCAUGGCCCGUGAACCCCAAGUCACUGAGCCUUGUGUACACCUUUGGCGACAGCCCUACUGACGAAAAGUGGGUCUUCGUUUCCAAGGCUGGCGAGGAUACUGUUUGGACUCUUACCUCGGAUGAUAUCAAAACGCAGCCACCAGGGGUGACGCUGGCCAGUGCCUGGCCUCCGGAGGUCCCGGGCCGCAUCAAGAUCUACGCUGUUAUCUAUGGCUUGGAGCAGAUCACGCACCCGACAGUGUACCGAAGGCUUUACGAGGCUGCGUCAAGAAACGAGCGUAUCUACAUCAGCAACAAGUUCUUCAGCAACUCACCACUCAUCAAUGAGGAUCCUUGGCGUGGAACAAUUAAGAGUGCUGCCAUCGUCUAUACCAUCCGAGGAAAAUGGAAGUCAAUCAGUGGUAGGGAACGCGAGUACAUGUCAUGGGAGUUGUAG